AUGAGGCUCUACCCGGCUAUAAUCCAGCCCAGUUCCUUACAUUCCGUGCACCUCAGUUUAAAUGCCGUGUUUCAACCCGCAUCAGUAAACUACCUGAAAAAUGUCAUCAAGCUGUUCGGGCAGAGGAUUACCUCUUCUCGCCACCCGGGCCCAAUUUCUUCACCCCACUUAGGGCUCAGUCCUCUGAUCUAUCAUCAUAUGCAGCCAAUGCAUAGAAAUCUUAUCCAGCAUGAAAUUUUUGAGCAGCUUCUUCGUUACGAUCAAUUCGAACUAGAAAUCAUACCUCGAUACGUAGCGAUACGCGGUGGAUUUCAGAUUGGCUUUGAGUAUCGUCACAGCAUCUUUGAAGAAAUCAAAUCUGCUCUAUUUCAUUGGGGAGGGAGUUGUGCCAGUGCCUCUUACACUCUUUUUCCAACAGAAGACGAUAGACGAGGCACUUUUACCUUUUCACCAUUUCAUACAAAUCCUGGGCAAGAUGUUAGAGAGACUCGCAACUCCUUGCGGGCAUUGAAUGAAAUACUCUCAAGGACUGGGAAUAAGAUUACCGCGAAAUCUUUUAUUCUGCAUGAGACCCACACCUAUUCGUUGGACACCAAUCAAGAUAUCAGGCCUAUCAUGGAGUUUCAUCUGGGUCGGCCGAAAAGUGAUGUGCAAGCACGAUUGGCCGAAAUGCGAAAGAGAGCGAGGGAAAAUACGACUAUUCUAGCGAACAAUUCCGAAAUUUCCGCUAGCACAUCUAAUGAGCCUCGCUCUAACCAUAAGAGUCAGCUUGAUAACAUCAUUACAUCCAACAUGCCUGCCCGUCAAGUCCAUAUACGUCGGAUUGGAGUACCAAUAAAGUACAAGUACACAGAGAGUCUAAGAAAAAAGUAUAACCAGACAAUCUAUCAUCCAAAAUUUCUACGACGCGUGAAAAUCCAAAACUCCUCUAGACCUGCAUACCGAGUGAUUGACUUCAUGCUCGUUCAUUCGCCCGAACCCGCCUCUACGGGUCCCAAAAAGAAGCCUCUGCGCUCCAUUGAUAUGCUGAGCAAGACUCCAGAUAAUGUUGACUUGAGCCGAGCGCCCGCUUCCUCUACUCGGAUUUCACGUGAUGAAGCACGGGAGCUUGAAAUUCGCGAGCAAAGUCGCCCGCUAAUCAGAUUUUCACGGGUCGGACGCCUAGUGAGAUAUUUCCAUCGCGAUUUUGAUCCAUGA